UUUAGUUGGUACUACUACCUGAACGCCAUAUUUUACGGCGUCUGGCAUUUUCAUCGAGAAAAAAAAAACAAGCACGUUUUAAACGAGUCGUCAUAAUUUUUUUGCAAAAACAAAGUUCAAAAUGUCGUACAAAGGACCUCAAAAAGUACAAAAGGUGAUGGUACAACCAAUCAACCUUAUAUUUCGAUAUUUACAAAAUCGAUCCCGCGUCCAAGUUUGGCUUUUCGAAAAUAUUCAUCUGAGAAUCGAGGGUCACAUUGUUGGCUUUGACGAAUACAUGAAUUUGGUACUGGACGAUGCUGAGGAAUAUCAUUUGAAAACGAAGAAUAGAAAACCAUUAGGACGUAUCAUGUUAAAAGGAGAUAAUAUAACGUUAAUACAAAAUACUAAUCCUGCUGCGAAUUGAAUUUGAAAAAAUAACCUCAAAAUGGGCAUUGGUAUGUCAACACAAGAAUCUACGUCGAGUGCCCUUCAUUGGACGAUAUCAAGAAGAAGACAAAAGUUGUGUAUUAAAAUAUGAUUUAUAUUGUGGUGCGACUCAGGGACAUACUUAGGACAAAAAUAUGAAAACCUUCAAGGAAAGGAAGUUCUCGACUUUCUCUAUACUUUACUAUAUCAUUGAUGUUAAAAAGAUUAAUCCAUUGACUCAUGUUUAUUUUCUCAUAUCAGAUUUUUCAAUAUUUUCUUUGUAGAUUUGAGCAUACUACGCGUUUAAAGUCUUUCAUUA